AUGUCUACCUCUACUUCCACAUCAACUACUCCUAUUAAUAACAUUAAAAAUCUUGUGUAUAAUAUUCUAAAAACUUUCAAGGAUAGCAUUGUUAAGGGUAUAAAAAUUACAGAAUUAGAGCAUUGUUUGAAGGUCGAAAUUAUCGAAACAAAUGCUAGAAGAGGUUCUGAGUCAAGUACAUCAUCAGUAGUUAGGGGGAUGGAAAAACAUAGUAUCCAAUCUCAAGAUAUGCCAGAAAUUCUAGAAGAAGACAUGCCGGAU